UUCUUGCAUAAAAGGCAAAACUUUAUAAACCUCAAUCUCAGAAAUUGUUAUUACCCCAGAUCUUCUUUCUCUCCCACCAUGUUAAAGCUCUUCACUUCGUCCGCUUCUCGAGUCCAACAUUUGACUCCGGCAAUUAGGGUCGGGUCUUCUCCAGUGGAGUCUCCAUUGUUCAAAGCGUUGAGUCAGAUCACUGGGUGGAAUCGGCGAUCUGCUUCGUUGGGUCAUCGUGCUUUCUUCUGCUCUGAGCCUACCGAUGGAGAGGCGGCGGCUGAGGUUGAAGCUAAGGCGGUCGAGUCUGAUUCUGAAGGGUCUGACUCAAAAUCGUCGUCUGCGAUUGUGUCCACUAACCCUAGGCCUGAAGAUUGUUUAACGGUUUUAGCAUUGCCGGUGCCACAUAGGCCGCUUUUCCCUGGUUUUUACAUGCCAAUCUAUGUUAAGGAUCCUAAAGUACUCGCAGCCUUACAAGAGAGCAGAAGACGACAAGCUCCAUAUGCAGGAGCUUUCCUUCUAAAGGAUGACCCAUCAGCUGAUUCAUCUUCAAGCACUGACGCGGAAAAAAACAUAAAUGAGCUGAAAGGGAAAGAGUUGCUUAACCGGCUUCACGAAGUUGGCACACUUGCUCAGAUUUCAAGUAUCCAAGGGGACCAAGUUAUCCUUGUUGGUCAUAGGAGACUUCGCAUAACAGAGAUGGUGAGUGAAGAACCACUUACCGUCAAAGUCGAUCAUCUUAAGGAUAAUCCCUUUGACAUGGACGAUGAUGUCAUCAAGGCAACAUCUUUUGAAGUUAUUUCAACUCUUAGGGAUGUACUAAAGACAAGUUCACUAUGGAGAGAUCACGUUCAAACAUAUACCCAGCAUAUAGGUGAUUUCACUUAUCCACGAUUAGCCGAUUUUGGAGCGGCUAUAUGUGGUGCAAAUAGGCAUCAAGCUCAAGAAGUUCUUGAAGAACUGGAUGUUCACAAACGUCUCCGGUUGACGCUGGAAUUGAUGAAAAAAGAAAUGGAAAUUAGCAAGAUUCAGGAAACCAUAGCAAAAGCAAUUGAAGAAAAAAUUAGCGGUGAGCAACGUCGGUACUUGCUAAAUGAGCAGCUCAAGGCUAUAAAGAAGGAGCUUGGUGUGGAGACAGAUGACAAAUCUGCACUUUCUGCAAAGUUUAAGGAAAGGAUUGAGCCCAACAAGGAAAAAAUUCCAGCACAUGUAUUACAAGUCAUAGAAGAGGAGCUUACAAAGCUGCAGCUGUUAGAGGCGAGUUCAAGCGAAUUUAACGUGACGCGUAACUACCUUGAUUGGUUGACCAUAUUGCCUUGGGGAAAUUACAGUGAUGAAAAUUUUGAUGUUGUGGGGGCACAAAAAAUUCUUGACGAGGAUCACUAUGGCUUAUCUGACGUAAAGGAAAGAAUACUGGAAUUUAUUGCGGUGGGAAGACUUAGAGGCACUUCGCAAGGGAAAAUCAUAUGCCUCUCGGGCCCUCCUGGAGUAGGCAAAACUAGUAUUGGUCGUUCUAUUGCACGUGCUCUUAAUCGCAAGUUUUUCCGGUUCUCUGUUGGAGGGUUAGCAGAUGUCGCUGAGAUCAAGGGGCAUCGUCGAACAUAUGUUGGCGCCAUGCCAGGAAAGAUGGUGCAGUGUCUAAAGAGUGUGGGGACAGCAAAUCCUCUUGUACUAAUCGAUGAGAUUGAUAAGCUCGGGAGAGGCCAUGCUGGUGACCCAGCCAGUGCUUUGUUGGAGCUUCUGGAUCCAGAGCAAAACGCAAAUUUUCUGGACCACUAUCUCGAUGUUACUAUUGAUCUAUCAAAGGUUUUAUUUGUGUGCACAGCAAAUGUGAUAGACAUGAUUCCAAAUCCUCUGCUAGACAGAAUGGAGGUGAUUUCUAUUGCGGGGUAUAUCACUGAUGAGAAAGUUCAUAUCGCAAGAGACUAUUUGGAAAAAACUGCACGUGGAGAUUGUGGUGUAAAGCCUGAACAGGUUGAGGUGAGUGAUGCAGCUCUUCUUUCCUUGAUAGAAAAUUACUGCAGAGAAGCAGGUGUUAGGAAUCUCCAGAAACAGAUCGAGAAGAUUUACCGUAAGAUUGCACUUAAAUUAGUGCGUGAAGGAGCAGUUCCCGAAGAGCCUCCAGUUGCAGUUGACCCCGAAGAAGCUGAAAUUGUGGCCGAUGUUGGCGAAUCCCCAGAGAAUCAUACUGUCGAAGAAAACCCUGUGUCCUCUGCUGAAGAACCAAAGGAAGUGGCCCAAACCGAGAAGAUAGCUAUUGAAAAGGUUAUGAUUGAUGAGUCAAACCUUGCGGAUUAUGUAGGAAAACCGGUAUUCCACGCAGAGAAGCUCUAUGAGCAGACACCGGUAGGAGUUGUGAUGGGUCUAGCUUGGACAUCAAUGGGUGGUUCAACAUUGUACAUAGAGACGACUGUUGUGGAGGAAGGGGAAGGUAAAGGUGGCCUCAAUAUAACGGGUCAGCUCGGUGAUGUGAUGAAAGAAAGUGCACAAAUUGCUCACACAGUCGCCAGAAAAAUCAUGCUAGAGAAAGAACCAGAGAAUCAGUUCUUUGCAAACUCCAAGCUUCAUCUCCAUGUUCCUGCAGGAGCCACACCCAAGGACGGCCCAAGUGCAGGCUGCACCAUGAUCACCUCUUUACUAUCACUUGCCACGAAGAAACCCGUUAGGAAGGAUCUUGCAAUGACCGGAGAAGUCACACUAACUGGAAGGAUUCUUCCUAUCGGUGGGGUGAAGGAGAAAACUAUAGCCGCGAGGCGGAGUCAGAUUAAAACAAUAAUAUUUCCGGAGGCAAACCGGAGAGACUUUGAUGAGCUGGCGGAGAAUGUGAAAGAAGGGCUUGAUGUUCACUUUGUGGAUGACUAUGGAAAGAUCUUCGAGCUUGCCUUUGGCUAUGACAAACAAGAAGACUAAGAGGACAGAGAAACCACUUUGACCUUUGUCAUCUGUUGUUGUCUCCAUUUAAACAACACCACUAUUCUUGAUUCUCUUUUCGUUAUUUUCUUCCUUCAUGAAGAAAGUUAUCCUGUAACU